AUGCAUACAAAUCGACGACGAAAAAAUGAAAAUAAACAAAAUGGAAAUGCUGAUAGAAUGGGUACAAAUGUUUAUUCAUCAAAAGAUAAUCAAAGUAUGCAUAAAUCAUUAAAUGGAGAAUUUAUUCUUUAUCAAAUAUUACUUGAACAAAUUUCCGAUAAAAAACAAGCAUUAAAAUUUAAUGAAAAUAAUCUUGUAGAAUAUUUUCAACCUGAUGAUACAAAUGAUAUACAAGUAAUGAAAGAAUUUAAUGAAGAAUAUAAAUCAGAAAAAGCAAUUUAUUGGUAUACAAGAGAAACUUGUAUUUAUAAAAUUUUAAAUAAAGCAUUAAGAACACAAGAUAUUGAUGAUAUUAUACCAUUUGGAUCAUUUAUUAGAGAUUUAAAUAAACAAUUACGUAAAGAACAUAAAUUAUUUAUAAAUCAACAAAAUACAUCAAAUAUAAAAGUUUAUCGAGGACAAUUUAUUAGUAAAGAUGAAGUUAAUCGUCUUAAAUCUAGUCAACAAGGAUUGAUUUCAAUGAAUUCAUUUUUAUCAACAAGUACAAAUAGAAAUAAAGCUUUAGAAUUUGCAACAAGUCGAUCACCACCUAAUGAUGAAUUAACAUCAAUAUUAUUAGAAAUAGAUGUUAAUUUGAAUUAUUUAAGUAAACCAUAUGCUGAUAUAAAACGUCUUAGUGCUUUUCCAGAAGAAGAAGAAAUUCUUUUUAUGGUGGGUUCAGUUUUUCGUAUUGAUGAUAUAUCUCGUGAUGAUAAAAUAAAUCUUUGGAUAGCUAAAUUAACAUUAUGUUCAUUAGAUGAUCCAGAUAUAAAAGAUUUUUCAUUAUCAUUAAAACAAGAAUUAAAUGAUCAAAAUGAAUUCGUUGCAAUUGGAAACUAUUUCGUUCACAUGCUUAAAUAUGAUCUUGCUCAAGAACAUUUUCAAAAAAUUUUAGAUCAAAAUUUAGUCAAAGAAGAUAUUGACUUUGCUUAUUGUUAUUAUGGACUUGCUCAAGUUAAUUGUAAAAAUGAGGAUUAUCAUUUAGCUAUAUCAAAUAUUCAUAAAGCAUUAGAAUAUUUAUUAAAUAAUUCAUCACUUGAUAAUCAUUCACUUCUAUCAUUAUGUUAUAAUGAUUUAGGUUCAAUCUAUGCUAAUCAAUCGAAUUAUGUAGUUGCUUUACAAUUUUUUGAUAAAGCUUUAUCAAAAAAUGAUAAUAAUAAAAAUUUAUCAAAAAUUUAUAUUACUUUAUCAGAUGUUCAUUUUAAAAUGACAAAUUAUCAUAUGGCAUUAGAAUAUUUAAAAAAAUCUCUUGAUUAUCAAUCAGAAACUGAAUAUUCAAUAAUUGCAAAUACAUAUAUCAAUAUGGGUAAGAUUUAUGUUGCAAUCAAUGAAUCUGAAAAAGCCUCAAAAAUAUUUGAUAAAGCAAUUGAAUAUCAAUUAAAAGAACUUCCAGAUACUCAUCCAGAUGUUGCUUAUACUUAUAAUGCAAUUGGAUUAAUGUUUUUCGAUAAAAAUGAUCAUGAAAAAGCUUUAGAAUAUGUUGAAAAAGCUCAUCAAUUACAAUUAGAAUCAAUACCAAAUAAUCAUCCUGAUUUUGCAGAUACUUAUAGAAAUUUUGCUGAUAUAUAUAAGAAAAAAGGAGAUUUAGACAAAGCUUUAUUUUAUUAUGAAAAAGUAUUAGAAAAUCAAUUAAAAACAUUAUUGUUGAGUAAUCCAUCCGUAGUUGAUACUUAUCGAUCAAUUGGAAAUAUCCAUCGAGAAAAACAAAAUUAUGAUCAAGCAUCAAUUUAUUUUCAUAAAAUACUUGAUAGUCAAUUAGAAAGAACGAAAUUAGGUGAUAAAUCAAUCAGCAACGCUUAUCAAAAUCUUGGAGAUUUUUUUUUAGAAAAACUCAAUUUAGAUGAUGCUUUACAUUUUUAUCUUGAAUUACUUAAUAAUGAAUUAAUAACAAAAUUAUCUGAAGAUUUCUCAUUAACUCAUGUUUAUAAAACUAUUGCAAAUAUUUAUUAUAAAAAACGUGUUUUAGAUCAAUCAUUAAUUUAUUAUAAUCGUUUACUUGAUUGUUAUUUGCAAAAAGAAUCAUUUGAUCAAUCCACUAUUGAUGAAAUUUAUACUUUUAUCGGACAAGUUUAUUUAAAAAAACGUCGUUUUGAUCAAACAUUAGUAUUUUACCAAAAACAAAACAAUAAUCAACCAUUACAUGACAAAUCAACCGAUAAACAUAAAAUUAUUGAUAAUAUUUUUUUUGAAAAACGUCAUUUGGAACAAUCUUUUCAUUAUUUUAAAAAACAUCUUCAUAAACAACUUAAAACACAUUCAGAAAAAGAUCCACUAUUAGUUGAUACAUAUAAUAUUUUAGCAAAUAUUUCUUUUGAAAAAGAUAAUUUCGAUGAAGCAUUAAAAUAUUUUCUUCUCUUAUUAAAUAAUGAAUUAGAACGAAAACAAAUUCAUGAUUCAUCAUUACAAAAUAUAUUUAAAGCUAUUGCAACUAUUUAUUUUGAACAAGAAAAUUAUAAUCAAUCAUUGAUUUAUUAUCAUAAAUUAAUUGACUGUCAAUUACAAAAAAAACCAAAUAAACAUUCAUCAAUAGAUGACACUUAUACUAUGAUUGGAAAGAUUUAUUUAAAAAAAAAAUAUUUUCAUCUACAUUCAAAUGACAGUAAGAAAUUAAUGAAAAACAAAUUUAACAAAAACUUACCCAUGAAAGUAUCAAAAACGACAACCCAAUCACAUACAGACAAUUUUCUACUUGAAAAACGUCAUUUAGAUCAAGCAUUAUUUUAUUUCCAAAACUUAAUUACUAAACAAAUUAAUAAUCAAUCAUUAGAUGAUAUUUAUACUAUUCUUGGUAAUAUUUGUUUGGAAAAGCAAGAUUUUAAUCAAGCAUUGUCUUUUUUUCAAACCUUACUUAAUAAACAACUUCAACAAAAUAGUUUCGGAGAUGCAUCAUUAGUUAAUACAUAUUUAAUUAUAGGCAAUAUUUAUGCCCAAAUAUCUAAUUUUAAUCAAGCAUUACAACAUUACAGACAAGGAUUAUCUAUUUGUCGACGUUUACCGACAGUAGAUCAAUCUAUAGGCUAUGAGAUUAAAUCUCGAAUACGAGAUUUACCAGUUUCAUAA